AUGCAAAAGAUUCUAUUAAGACCAGCGACAUUGAAUGUCACAAAGAGAGCUCUCUCUAGAAGCUCAAAAGCCGCCAUGGUUGGUGGUGCUAGAUUAAGAAUGAGAAAGUUCCAAUCAUCUCGUACCUUAUCAACAACUACAGCAGCAGCUGCUACUAAUGCUUCACAACCAGCUGCUUAUUCCGGUUCUGGUAUUUUAUCUGGGUUCAAUGAUGAAAAUGCCCAUCAAUUGGUUGAUGUUUCAAAAGUUUUGGUUAUUGGUUCAGGUGGUUUAUCAAUUGGUCAAGCUGGUGAAUUCGAUUAUUCAGGUUCUCAAGCUAUUAAAGCUCUUAAAGAAGCCAAUAAAAAGACAAUUUUAAUUAAUCCAAAUAUUGCUACAAAUCAAACCUCUCAUGCUUUAGCUGAUGAAAUCUAUUACUUACCAGUUACUGCUGAAUAUAUUACUUAUAUCAUUGAAAGAGAAAAACCAGAUGGUAUCUUGUUAACUUUUGGUGGUCAAACCGGUUUAAACGUUGGUGUUCAAUUAGAUAAAAUGGGUGUCUUUGAUAGAUACAACGUUAAAGUCUUGGGUACCCCAAUUAAAACCUUAGAAACUUCAGAAGAUAGAGAAUUAUUUGCUCAAGCUUUGAAAGAAAUUGAUAUCCCAAUUGCUGAAUCAAUUGCUGUUGAAAAUGUCGAUGAUGCUUUAAAAGCCGCUGAAUCUGUUGGUUAUCCAAUCAUUGUCAGAUCAGCUUAUGCCUUAGGUGGUUUAGGUUCAGGUUUUGCUAAAGAUGAAGAAGAAUUAAGAAAUUUAGCAGCUCAAUCUUUAUCUUUAUCACCACAAAUCUUGGUUGAAAAAUCAUUAAAAGGCUGGAAAGAAGUUGAAUAUGAAGUUGUUAGAGAUCGUGUUGGUAAUUGUAUUACAGUUUGUAAUAUGGAAAAUUUUGAUCCUUUAGGUAUUCAUACUGGUGAUUCUAUCGUUGUUGCUCCAUCUCAAACUUUAUCAGAUGAAGAAUAUCAUAUGUUAAGAUCAGCUGCUAUUAAAAUCAUUAGACAUUUAGGUGUUGUUGGUGAAUGUAAUGUUCAAUAUGCCUUACAACCAGAUGGAUUAGAUUACCGUGUCAUUGAAGUUAACGCUCGUUUAUCAAGAUCUUCAGCUUUAGCUUCAAAAGCUACUGGUUAUCCAUUAGCUUAUACUGCUGCCAAAAUUGCUCUUGGUCAUACUUUACCUGAAUUACCAAAUCCUGUUACUAAAACUACAUCUGCAAAUUUCGAACCAUCAUUAGAUUAUAUGGUUACUAAGAUUCCAAGAUGGGAUUUAUCAAAAUUCCAACAUGUUAAAAGAGAUAUUGGUUCAUCAAUGAAAUCUGUUGGUGAAGUUAUGGCUAUUGGUCGUAAUUUUGAAGAAUCAUUCCAAAAGGCCAUUCGUCAAAUUGAUCCAUCAUUUGUUGGUUUCCAAGGUGGUGAAUUUGAAAACUUGGAUGAAGCUCUUGCAGAACCAACUGAUCGUCGUUGGUUAGCUGUUGGUCAAGCUUUAUUACAUGAAAAUUAUACAAUUGAAAGAGUUCAUGAAUUAACUAAAAUUGAUAAAUGGUUCUUGUAUAAAUUAGGUAAUAUUGUUGAAAUGCAAAAAGAAUUGGAAAAAAUUGGUUCAUUAUUUGGUUUAAAUAGAGAUGUUAUUUCAAGAGCUAAAAAAUUAGGUUUUUCAGAUAAACAAAUUGCCUUAGCUGUUGGUUCAACUGAAUUAGAAGUUAGAGCUAGAAGAAAAAACUUUGAUAUUAUUCCAUUUGUUAAAAAAAUUGAUACAUUAGCUGCAGAAUUCCCAGCAAGUACAAAUUAUUUAUAUACAACAUAUAAUGCAUCAUCAAAUGAUGUUGAAUUUGAUGAAUUUGGUACUAUGGUUUUAGGUUCAGGUGUUUAUCGUAUUGGUUCAUCAGUUGAAUUUGAUUGGUGUGCCGUUGCUACAGCAAGAGCUUUAAGAGAUUCAGGUAAAAAGACAAUUAUGAUUAAUUAUAACCCAGAAACUGUUUCAACUGAUUUUGAUGAAGUUGAUAGAUUAUAUUUUGAAGAAUUAAGUUUUGAAAGAGUUAUGGAUAUUUAUGAAUUAGAAAAUUCUAAAGGUGUUGUUGUUUCAGUUGGUGGUCAAUUACCACAAAACAUUGCAUUAACAUUACAAGAUAAUGGUGCUAAAGUUUUAGGUACAAAUCCACAAGAUAUUGAUAAGGCAGAAGAUCGUCAUAAAUUUUCUUCAAUCUUAGAUUCUAUUGGAGUUGAUCAACCAGCAUGGAAAGAAUUAUCAUCAAUUGAAGCUGCUAGAGAAUUUGCUAAUAAUGUUGGUUUCCCAGUUUUGGUUCGUCCAUCAUAUGUUUUAUCAGGUGCUGCUAUGUCAGUUAUUAGAAAUGAAGAUGAAUUAGAACAUAAAUUAGGUAAUGCAUCAAAAGUUUCACCAGAUCAUCCAGUUGUUAUUUCUAAAUUUAUUGAAGGUGCACAAGAAAUUGAUGUUGAUGCCGUUGCAGCCAAUGGUAAAGUUUUAGUUCAUGCUGUUUCAGAACAUGUUGAAAAUGCAGGUAUUCAUUCAGGUGAUGCUACAUUAGUUUUACCACCACAAAAUUUAUCACAAGGUGUUAUGGAUAGAAUUAAAGAAAUUACUGAUAAAGUUGGUAAAGCAUGGAAUAUUACAGGUCCUUUCAAUAUGCAAAUUAUUAAAGCUGAUGUUGAAACCAAUCCAGAUUAUCCAGAAUUAAAAGUUAUUGAAUGUAAUAUUAGAGCUUCAAGAUCUUUCCCAUUUGUUUCAAAAGUUUUAGGUACAAAUUUCAUUAAUGUUGCAGUUGAAGCAAUUCUAGGUAAUGAAGUUGAACCAAAGAAUUUAAUGGAUGUUAAACGUGAUUAUGUUGCUACUAAAGUUCCACAAUUUUCAUUUACAAGAUUAGCUGGUGCAGAUCCAUUCUUAGGUGUUGAAAUGAGUUCAACUGGUGAAAUUGCAAGUUUUGGUAAAGAUGUUACAGAAGCUUAUUGGACCGCUUUACAAUCAACCAUGAAUUUCCAUUUACCAUUACCUCCAAGUGGUAUCUUAUUUGGUGGUGAUUUAAACAAAGAUUAUUUAGGUCAAGUUGCAUCAAAAAUUUCAUCAAUAGGUUAUAAAUAUUAUACAGCAUCACCAGAAGUUGCUGAAUAUUUGAAAACUUAUUUACCAGAAGGUACACAAGUUGAUGUUAUUGAAUUUCCAAAAACUGAUAAGAGAGCAUUACGUGAAGUUUUCCAAAAAUAUGAUAUUAAAGGUGUUUUCAAUUUAGCUAAAGCUAGAGCUGAAGAUUUAUUAGAUCAAGAUUAUGUUAUGAGACGUAAUGCAAUUGAUUUUGGUAUUCCAUUAUUUAAUGAACCACAAACUUCAUUAUUAUUUGCUAAUGCAUUAGUUGAAAAAGUUGGUACUAAAUUAAACCAAAAAGAUGGUGAAGUUAUUAUUCCAGAUGAAGUUCGUCGUUGGAGUGAAUUUAUUGGUGGUAAACAAGUUUAA